AUGGGAGCCUCGGAGUCCAAGCUGGUCUUCAAGCAGGGUAUCUUCCGCCUCUCUGAGGAGAAGGAGAUCCCCGCAGAUGACCCCUACUGGACAAAAUUUUGGGAGCUCCCUGAAUCCACCGAAGAUGUCUUCAGCUUAUUUACCCCCGCCGAUAUUCGUCGAACGCGAGACAAUGCCCUAUCCAACUUCGAAACCUUACUCCUAUCAGUCUCCUCACGUCUGAUAGUUCUCAAGAAUCACCCUUCGUUCCCAGAUCCAGACCUUGCCCCCGAGCGCGAUGCGCUCAACUGUAUUCGCGUCCUUACCCGACUCCUCCCCUUUGUCUACGAAGCCGAUCAUCUCGAAGGAUGGGAAGAGAAGUUUUUCUGGACACGUCGCAAGAAGAGAACCAGACAAGCUCAGAUCGCUGGCGAGGAAUACGAAGAGGUGAAGCCGCUCGCCGAAGAGCUGAUCGACACACUCCUUGACUUACUGUUUUUCGCCGAGUUCACCAUUCCACUUCUACCGACGGCGAAGAGCAAGAUAUCUUACUCGAUAUGGCAGAGUGGUGUCGGCUGCAACACAACGAUGGGAUCCAACAAGGCAUUGGAAAGCAACCGAUGUGAGAUUCUCCGACUUCUACUCACCAUAACCGGCAAAGCGAUGUAUCUACCGUCAAACACCCUUCCGGUUCAGGGCGUGAAAGCGAUCACCUAUAUCACCACCUGUCAAGAUAAACAACCUGUUUUGACCCUACUCUGCUCUCUUUUGAAUACGGCUAUGAAAUACAACCCUGCAUCAUGGAGAGUUCCAUACGACCAUGUGGUUUGGAAAGACCCCAAGCAAAUUAUGGUGAUAUACUGCCUACAGCUUCUCCUGGUUCUGCUCCUGUACCCUAUUCCCGAAGACGGACGCGGCACCCCGCCAAAGAACUACUAUCGCCAUUACUAUGGAAGAUUACAUAGACCACAAGAUUUCCAGUUUCUGGUGGACGGUAUGACUCGUAUUUUGAAUCAGCCUAUGCAAGCCACUACUUCAUAUCUUCCCGGCAGCCAAAGAUCUGUGAAAUGGGCCCCAGAAAUUCUUGUUCUGUUCUGGGAGACCUUGCAAUGCAACAAGCGCUUCAGGUCUUUCAUCAUCGAUUCCAACCGAUCCCAUGACUUCCUAAUCCUCUGUAUCUUCUAUGCCAUGGAGUACAGAACUGACCCUUCAAAGCAGGGUGUGGUGCGCUUGUGCAUUUUCAUCCUCCAGACAAUGAGCGCAGAGGCGACGUUUUGUGAGAGUAUCAACAUGAAGUUUGAGGCUCAGGAGACCUUGCCACAAUCGAUCAGACUGCUUAAAUUCCGAGGCUCUUAUGCCGAUUUCCUCAUCAUUUCUAUUCACACCCUCAUGGCAACCAGUAAGGGAAAACUCGAUACUGUUUAUCCAGCUCUCUUGAUGAUCCUCAACAAUGUGGCCCCCCCACAUCAAGCGCAUCUCCCCCAGUGCCAGUUCCAAGCGCUCUUGGAUUUUAUAAAUGCAAUUCUUGAGCACAACUUCACAGAAAACUCGUACCUUGUUUAUGCAAUUUUGAAGUACAAGCAGCGCUUUGAGGCCGUACGGGAAUUCACGCUGGAAAGCGGCCAACAAGAGAUCGAGCGUCAGCAGGAGAGGUGGAAGGCCGGAACUGCCUCCAACGACACACUCGCAAGCCCGACUCUUUCGCAACCCGAAGAUGAUCUGCAUCUUCCUUCGGGUGCUCGGUCGCCUCUUACCCAAAUCCCGGAAGAGAAUAGUGCAUUCGCGAUCGGCGAAGAUGACUCUGACGAUGAAGGCCAACACACACCUUCCCAGUCUUCCCCGUCAGCACAAACAUCACGCAGGCCCUCGAUUGCAUCCACGACCGAUGAGACCAGCUCACAGCUGCGCGGGAUGUCCGAAAAGGCUCGCGGCAAGAAGCCUGCCGGACAGCCUUCGUUCUCGCGCCAAAACAGCAUGACUAGUCAAACUAGCAUGUCUGCUCUAUUCUUGUCAUCUUCUAUGGCCUUCACACCUACCGUUGGCUGGCUCGAGUCCUGGCUUCCGGAACUUCCCCUACACACCAUUCUCACCAUCAUUUCCGCUAUCGCGCCCCAUAUCCCCGAUGCAGCACUUCAGACUACAUCCAGUCCCGAGGCCCGUACUUUGAUCACCAAUCUUCCGUCAUUUGCUGAAGAGCCCCAGGUCAAGGGUAUCAUCUCAGAGCCAACCCCGACUAGGGUUCAAUCAUUUGAAUGGUCCGCCCUCUCGAUGGGUUGGUACGAGUCUCUCCUGUGGGGAUUUGUCUUCUCUAGCGAGAUGGUCGUUGGUACAGCCGCAGGAGCCACACCAGGAACGGUGGGUGUGUGGAAUGGUACCGGGAUUCGCUUAUUUCGGGUGCAAGAGGCAGUCGCUCAAGGACCAACCUUGCUCGCUCCUAAAGGGGCGGUUGAUGCAGUAGGAAGCAACCUUGUCCAGCGCAUCGGCAACCUCAGUCUUCGUGGCCGUAACUCCACAUCCCAAGAGCAACCAGCAAGUGGCUCGUCACCGAGUAUUCGAGAGGUUUAA